UAAGGGAACAGGACCGGGAGGAAACUGAACUUUCUUUUAGCUGGGCGCUGGAUGCUCUCGCUAUUAUGGCAGCUUCUACGCCGAGUCCGCGUGAUACUGGUUUUCCAGCUGAGGGUAGAUGCAGUUACUAUGUGGAAAAGAAGAAGCGGUUCUGCAGGAUGGUGGUGGCCGCGGGGAAAAGGUUCUGUGGCGAGCACGCUGGAGCCGCGGAGGAAGAAAAUACUCGGAAAAGAAUCCUGUGUCCUUUAGAUCCAAAACACACAGUAUAUGAAGAUCAACUAGCAAAGCAUUUGAAAAAAUGUAAUUCAAGAGAAAAGCCAAAACCUGAUUUCUUUAUUCAAGAUAUUAAUGCAGGCUUAAAAGAUGAAACAGAAAUACCUGAACAAUUAGUUCCAAUUUCUUCUCUAUCUGAAGAGCAGUUGGAAAACUUAAUUAAGAAAUUGAGAAAAGCAAGUGAAGGCUUGAAUUCUACACUUAAAGAUGACAUUAGGUCCCAUCCAGCAUUACUUGAUGCCCUGAAUGACCCGAGAAAUGGUGAUUCUGCAAUCAAGCACCUGAAACAGCAGGCUUCUAUUUUAGGUAACAUUGAAAAAUUAAAGCUACUUGGUCCAAGAAGAUGCUUUGUUGAGUUUGGAGCAGGAAAGGGGAAAUUAUCCCAUUGGGUUGAUAUUGCCUUAAAAGAUGCUGAAAAAGUUCAUUUCAUCCUAGUAGAGAAAGUGACCACAAGAUUCAAGGUGGACGGCAAGCACAGAAAGGAAAAUUCAGUGUUUGAGAGGCUUCAGAUUGAUAUUCAGCACUUGUGUCUGAGCAAGAUCCCUGUGCUAAGAGAAGGCAAGCUACCUGUGGUAGGAAUUGGAAAGCAUCUGUGUGGUGUGGCAACAGAUCUUGCAUUACGAUGUUUGAUUGAAACCUAUGCUGCCAGUUAUGAGGAAAGGAAUGAAGAACCUUUAGCCAAACGCAUAAAGAAUGAUAAAACAGAGACAAAAGUUAACACUUUGGCCAAGGAAGGAAAUGAACGAAAUGUCCCCGAGAAGUGGAGCCCUGUGGCUGGCAUUGUUAUUGCACUCUGUUGUCACCACAGGUGUGACUGGAGACACUAUGUGGGCAAAGAGUAUUUCAGGGCUCUCGGCCUUGGAGCUGUGGAAUUCCACUAUUUCCAGCGAAUGAGUAGUUGGGCAACUUGCGGGAUGCGGAAAACACUUUUAGAAGCGGCAGACAUUACUACAGAGAGACAAGAUCGUCAAAAUGACAGUAGUGAAGAGCAUGACGACGGAGGGUGCAGAGUCGCAGAUGAUGGAGCUGAUGGCCUGCCUGGGACUCUUACUGUUGAAGAAAAGAAGAAAAUAGGGCAUCUGUGUAAACUCCUGAUUGAUCAAGGCCGCAUCCAGUAUUUACAGCAAAAGGGAUUCAUUCCUGCUUUACAGAACUAUAUAGACCCCUUGGUGUCUUUGGAAAAUGUAUUGCUAACUGCUUUGCCAUUUCAUUCUUCGUCAUCACAAACAACUGGUUAAUGGAAAAGAAAUUUGAGCAUAUCUGUCU